AUGAUAGCAAAUAAAAGGUUAAUAUUUAUCAUUUUUGGUUUACUUAUUGGAUUAAUAAGUUGUCAGGAAAGAGAAAAUAUUUCUAUUGAAAGUUCACUGAACGAAACAAAUAUCCCAAGUGAGCCAGCUAAUUUAAGAAGUUUGUAUGGUAAAGGUCAAUACAACACUGUAUAUGAGCCAGUAUAUAUGCAAAAGGUGCAAUAUGUCCCAGCAAAGACUUAUAAGAAAGUAAUGUAUUCGGUUCCGGAAAAAAGCACUUAUGUAGUUCCUCAAAAGCAACAAAUGAGAUAUGUUCCAGUUGGUUAUGCAAAAGGAACCCCUUCUCCACCACAAAUGUAUGUACCAGUUACAAAAUCUGAACCUAAUGUUUAUGUUCCUGUAACUUAUAGCAAGGGAAUGAGAUAUUUAGAAGAAGAAACACCAGAAAAUACUGUGAUUCACGAGUAA